UCUAGACUUAACAGUAUUAUUAAUAUGGAUAAAUGAAGGAUUUGAAUAAAUUGCGUGAUUACUUGAAUAAUUUUUUAAUUGGUGGAAUUAACUUAUUUUCAGCUCCAGAAGGCGUAAAUAACAAUAAAUUCAAUGGGAAAAAACUAUUAUUUGAGAAGUCCCUAAUUUGUGGUUCUUUUUGGUCAAUUUCAGCCCUAACUAUUCUUUCUCAGCCGAUAUCGCAAUCAAACCUCAACUCUCUACUUAAUAUUCUCAACUCUUGUUUCACCAAUAUUAAUACUUUCCCCUAUACAUCUGUGAAUUCUAAUAAUACCAAUAUUGUCCCUAAUACUAACUCUAAUACUACCCAUAAUGCCACUGGUAAUGAUACUGAGAACACUUCUGACUCAGUUGACAGUUCUGUAGUUACGACUGAACAAUUUGAAGAGGGAGUGAAGGGAUUCAUGGAAUAUAACAAUAAUUUGUAUAAUAAUAAUAUCCAGAGCACUCUUUACGCUAUUGAAAUUAACUACUUGCUCCGUAAUUUUCCCCUCUACAACCAGUUUCAUUCCGGAAUUAAUCACUCACUGCUGAGUAGUUCAGACUUAAUUUCCAUAAUAAAUUACAUUAAAUCACUUUACAACCCUGAUGAAGGUUACUUUUUCAACUCUCUCAACUCCUUUAAUACACACUCAAACACUGAUUACACUGAUGUUAGGAGUACUAUGUCUGCUCUUUGCGCCUUUAAUUUGACUCAUAAGUUACUCAACUUCUCAGAAUCUCAAAUCACUGAUCAACUUAAUAAGUCAUUUGAUUUGGAUAGAAUUUAUAGAUUUUUAAGGUCACACUUUAAUUCUGAUGGCGGAAUUUCAUUAUCUAAAAAUGGUCAAAGCCACGUCGCCGGCGCUUUCUGCUCUAUUGGAUCCCUAGUACUAAUCAACAGAAUCAACUCUUUAUCUCACAAUAGAAUUCACUUACUCGUCACUUGGUUGUUGGAGCGUAUAAGUAUAAAUGGCGGUAUGAAUGGUCGUGUUGGGAAAUCAAAUGAUAUAUGUUACAUUUGGUGGAGCUUAGCAACAAUGUUCAUGUUAGUUAAAUACUACAAGAAGAGUGUAAAGUUGUUUAAUCAGACAGUCAUUGCCAGAAUUACAAGGUUUAUUGGGGAAUCGCAAAAUUCAGAUGGUGGCUUUUCAGCCAAUAAAUCCCAUGAGAAUUCUGACCCUUAUCAUUCCUUUACAGCUUUACUUGCAACCGCUCUACUCAACCAGUUCCACAAUCAAUAUAAUAUUCAUGAAAUCGAACCGCUAUUCGCCAUUCCAAUCAAUCCAACUUAAUCCCAGAAUUACACAUUCAACACUUUACUAAUGUGCUAUA